AUGAAGUGUCACGUAUUCUGGACGUCCCUGGUCCUGCUGGUGCGGGGGCUUCCGGUGAUUCCUGUUGCCGUGUCCGGGCGGGGUUCGUUUGCGAGCCAGCUCGGUCGGGAAGUUGGUGAUCUGGUGGCGCCGUGCCUUGGCCGUGUGAACAACGCGUCUGGUCCCUGGGCAUGCCUGAAGCAGGAAAGCCUUGCUGCCGUGGAACGGCUUUCCCUAGCACCGAGGAUCACGCUGCUGGACGGUGUCAGUUUGGUGCGCGCCAGUACCAAUGGAUCGGCCGUGGCAGAGAGCCUGCGAUACAAGACGGGUUUGACAUGGCCCAACUCGGUGCUGGAAGUGUUGCGCCGUCUGCUGCAGUCCCACAUCCUGGAAGUUGAUCUGGCGCUGGGGGCACCGAAACCGCCUCAGCUGCUUACCUUGCGGUUCGUUGGACAGAACAUGCCCGCCAACAUCGAUCGAACGGAAGGGCGCCAUCGCCGCCGGCAGCAGAUGAUACCGAUGAUGAUCUUCGGCGUGACGGUGUUCGGCAUGUUCAUCGUCCCAAUCGCCUUCCAGUUCCUGACUGCCCUCAGCGGCAAGGCGUUCCUGAUGGCGAAGCUGGCCCUACUGCUCGCCUCCAUCAACGGCCUCAAACGGGUGGCGUCGACCGGAGUCCAUUACGGUCUGUACCAUGCGGUCGACCAGCCGUACUCCGCUGGCCCGCAUCAUCCGCCACCGCCGCUUCACCAUCCGUUCGGGGCGGGACCGAUGCUUUACGAGCGGACGGAUGGCUUGGGCUACGCAGAAGGGCCUCGGACCGACGAUGGCGACGUACCCGUUGGCGCUCAGUUUGCGCCAAUUUUCACUCGCAUGAAGAACCGUUUAUUUAAGUAA